GCAAGUUAUCGAUAAUGUGUGGGAAACCAUAAAAACGAGUACAAUUUUGUGUUAAAAAGUAUUAUGUUGGUACGAUUGUGAGGAGGACCAUAUAUACACUAGCUACGAUAGUGAGGAGGACCAUAUAUACACUAGCUACGAUAGUAGCACAAUUGUGUGUGGUCAUUAGUGAAGUACAACGUAAGUAACAUGUUUAUUUUCACCAAAAAACGUUGGUAACAUGUUUUGUGGAGAACCAUAUUAUAGUGACAGAAACAUAUCAUGAAUCGAUCGUAAAUCAGAUCAGAUACCACUACUCUGACGAAUCUCCAACAAUUAACAAUGACUAAAGUCUUUCCCAAAGAAAAAAUAAAUAAAAAUAAAAUAAAAAAAUUUACCCUACAUGAUCAAUAAUUUUACUAUCUUGCUAUAUAUGCUUAUAUUAGGUGCAUGCAUGAAUAAUUGAAGUAUAGGAAAAAAAGAAAGAAAAAAACAUGUUAUUCCUCCUAUCAUCAUUCAUUGUUGCAUCAAUUUCUAUCAUUUAUCUUUUUCUAAACCACAAAAAAAAUGAGCCAGUUAAUCCACCACCUGGACCUAAAGGUCUUCCUAUCAUUGGAAAUCUUCAUCAAUUUGACUUCAAAAACCCUCAUCUCUACUUUACCAAGCUAGCAAAUAUCUAUGGACCGAUCUUUAGUUUUCGAAUCGGGAAUCGAUCAGUGGUUGUGGUACAAUCGGCUAAGAUGGCCAAAGAGGUGUUACAAGUACAAGAUAAAAACUUUUGUAACAAAAAAGUUAUGGUUGGUAGACAAAGGCUAAGUUACAAUGGUUUAGACGUUGCUUUUGCACCAUAUGGUGAGUAUUUUAGAGAAGUUAAAAAGAUUUUUGUGGUUCAUCUACUAAGUUCCAAGAGAGUAGAGACUUUUGCUUCGAUUCGACACGAAGAAGUCUCAAGGAUCAUUCAAAAGAUCUCAUCUCUUUCGUCUGAAAAUAAAGUUGUCAAUUUGAGUGAAUUGUUGUUUAGAUGUGCAAGCUCCACCAUAUGCAGAACCGCUUUUGGAAAGCGGUUCGAGAAUGAUGAGGGGAUAAGGAGUAGGUUCCAUGACCUUUUGACUGAGGCUCAAGCCAUGCUCGCCGGCUUCUUCAUUUCAGAUUACUUCCCUUAUUUCGGUUGGCUUGAUAAGCUAACUGGAAAGUAUUCAAAACUUGAGAAAACAUUCAAGAAAAUGGAAGAGUUUUAUGAAGAGGUCAUUGGUGAGCAUCUUGACCUAAAGAAGAAUAAAUUUGAAAGAGAAAACAUGGUUGACAUUCUGCUCCAACUCAAGAAAGAGCGUUGCUUUUCAUUUGAGCUCACUCUGGAUCACAUUAAGGCAAUGUUAAUGGAUAUCAUAGUAGCAGGAACUGAUACUAGUACAGCUAUGGUAAUUUGGGCAAUGACUAUGAUAAUUAAAAACCCCGAUGAAAUGAAGAAAGUCCAGAAUGAGCUUAGGAAUGCAAUUCAAAACAAAGGGUAUAUCGAAGAUAAUGAUCUCUCCAAUCUUGAAUACUUUAAGGCAGUAGUAAAAGAAACAUUCCGAUUACAUCCAGCAGCUCCAUUAUUAGUUCCACGAGAAACAAUGCAAGAUUGCACCAUAGAGGGAUUUGAUAUUCAAUCCAAGACUUUACUAUAUGUCAAUGUUUGGGCUACUGGUAGGGAUCCUGAAAUUUGGAAAGACCCCGAUUCAUUCAAGCCUGAGAGGUUUUUGAAAAGUUCGAUUAAUUUUCUAGGACAAGAUUUUGAGCUAAUUCCUUUUGGUGCUGGAAGAAGAAUAUGUCCUGGCAUACAUCUUGGCGUUGCUAGCUUGGAAAUUAUGCUUGCCAAUUUACUGUACUUUUUUGAUUGGAAAUUGCCUGAUAGUUUAAGAAGGGACGACAUAGACACUGAUGUGCAACUUGGAUUAACAAUGUAUAAAAGAAAUCCACUUUGUCUUGUGGCAAAUAAAUAUAUUUAAGAUGUUUAUGAGGUUUUAAAUAAAUCUUGUAAACUCUUAAAUAGAUCUAAUUCACAUUAAAUUAUAGUGAACAAUUAGUAUUAAGGUCACUAUGUUUAAUCAAAUAUUUUAUUAAAUAAAGGUAGUUAUUAUAUUAAUAAAAAAGUCGACGUAGUGUCAAAAUAGAGGUUAUAUUAUGCUGAAAUAAAAGUCAGUAUGUUAUAAUAAAGAUCAUAAAAAUAUUUAUAUUUUAUUAUGAAAGUUUUCAAUGUACUAGUCAAUAGUCAAUACAGAGUAUGAAUUAUAAAGGUCUAUAUGUUAAAAUAGGGUGCUAUGUUCAACAUAAUGUUGGUUGAUACUUGUGAAUCUCAGGUUCGUAACAAACAUUAAUAUGAAUCAAGUAUAUACAAGUUUUAAUAAAAGUCACUAUGUUAAAAUUAGGGUCCCACAUAAUGUUGGACCUUAGAUUCACACAAG